GGUGGAGCUCAAUGGUGAGCUGAAGAGGCUCGGGAACAGACGCUGUAGAUGAGGGAGGCAGGAGAAGCCUAUUUCUGCAGGGUGGAUAUAACGGUGAAAUGUUGGUGUAUUUCUCUUGAGUCCAUCUGAUGCUGCAGAACGAACUGGAUUACAGAACAACGCUGACAAUCCCGAGUCAACAGCUGCUAAGCUGCAACCAGUUUCAUAGUUAAGGUUUCCAAAAGAUGGACAAGGGUCUUCUCCCUGGACCCAACGACCUAGUUAUGGCUACACCCCCCAGCUCAUUCCAGCAAGAACCUCUCACCCCACCCAGGUCCAACCACUCUUCCUCGCUCAAGCCCAACCAGGUGGGUCAGGUCAUUCUGUAUGGGGUACCCAUCGUGUCCUUGGUCAUCGAUCACCAGGAGCGCCUGUGCCUGGCUCAGAUCUCUAACACCUUGCUGAAGAACUACAGCUACAAUGAGAUCCACAACCGGAGGGUGGCUCUGGGCAUCACAUGUGUGCAGUGCACCCCGGUUCAGCUGGAGAUCCUUCGGCGGGCUGGUGCCAUGCCCAUUUCAUCCCGCCGCUGCGGCAUGAUCACCAAGCGUGAGGCCGAACGGCUCUGCAAGUCGUUUCUGGGUGAGAACUCGCCACCCAAGCUACCUGACAACUUUGCGUUCGAUGUGUCACACGAGUGUGCUUGGGGCUGCCGAGGCAGUUUCAUCCCGGCCCGUUACAACAGCUCCAGAGCCAAGUGCAUCAAAUGCUCCUACUGCAACAUGUACUUUUCGCCCAAUAAGUUCAUCUUCCACUCGCAUCGCACACCCGAAGCCAAGUACACACAGCCUGAUGCUGCCAACUUCAACUCCUGGCGCCGACACCUCAAGCUGACCGACAAGACGCCUCCAGAUGACCUGGUGUUUGCUUGGGAGGACGUGAAGGCCAUGUUUAAUGGAGGCAGCCGCAAGCGGGCGCUGCCUGGAACCCACUGCCCUCCUAUGGACUCAGUAAAGGCUGUGGGCUCUGUGCUGCCCCACGUGAUCUCAUCAGACCUGGGGCAGAAGAGAGGCCGGUACGAGGAGGAAGAGGAGCUGGACGCUGGUGGCCUUUCGCCCCGGAAAAAUCCACGCAGUUACCCAGUCAUUCCCGUGCCCAGUAAAGGCUUCGGAAUGCUGCAGAAGUUUCCACCAACAUCGCUCUUCCCGAGCCCCUACACCUUCCCAGCUUUUGGCCUAUGCCAGCAGAAGAAGGACGAUGGCGAGCCGGCAAAUGGCCAGAAAAACAGCGGACUCUCUGGGCUGCUGUGGCCAGGCCGCAAAGACGCUUUUUACCCUCCUUUCUGCAUGUUCUGGCCCCCUAGGGCAACGGGUGGCAUCCCGGUGCCUACGUACCUCCAGCCACAGCCCAAUGCUCUCUCCACACUCACAGAGGCGCCCUCCUUACGGCAGGCCUUCCUGGACCUGUCCGAUCAGAGCGAGACUGGUACUGUUGCUGGACUGGGAGCCAACCCCAGACCAGGGCUAUUUGAAAGCGAGUGCCCGCCCGUGACUCCACCUGACCUGCGGCCCACCGCCCCUGAAGGCUGGCUCAAGCUGCUGGACGCCCCCUCUCUGCAGGCCCGCAAGGCCAGCUACCACUCCUCUGCCUUCCGGCCGGUGGUGAAAGAUACUGAAAGCAUCGCCAAGCUGCACGGCAACCUUGAGGACCUAGGGGCCGAAAGGCACCUCUCACCGGGCACCAGCUGCAGCUACCAGAGCGAGAGUGGAGAGAGCGAUGAGGAGCAGGAGGUGGAUGUGGAGACCAAGCAGGAUGAAGAGCUGGAAGACUUUAGCGGCCUGAAGCAGCAGCAGCCAAGCACACAGCAGCAGCAGCAGCCGUGCAGCCUGCACCUGCGGGGGCUCACUGACAGCAGCGCUGGGGAACGGGAUAAAGACACGGCCCCCUUCCCCCCCACCAUCCCCUCUGAAAGCUCUGCAGAGGACAAGCCCAGCCUGCCUGUCAGUCCGCCCGCCUCCCUCAAAGUCCCCAGCCCCGUUCACGCCUCACUGGAGGACACCGCUGCCGCGUACAAAAAUUCGCAGAAAAGCAGAGAGGAUGGGCUGCCGGCCUACGCAACCAAAGACAAAACAGCACGUGCAGAAGAAAGCAAAGAACAGAGCAGUUUCUUCCUCCCGGAGACGGAGACAACGGCGCCAGAAUACUGGAGGGAGAACACAGCAGAGCAUAGUCAAGACCCACAUUCACCUGCUUCACUCAAGAAAGACGUGGAGAACAUGGAAAAAGAGGAACUCCAGAAAGUUCUCCUCGAGCAGAUAGAUUUACGGAGAAGACUGGAGCAGGAGUUCCAUGCCCUGAAAGGCAGCUCACCCUUUCCCGUUUUCCACAACUUUCAGGACCAAAUGAAAAGGGAACUGGCUUACAGAGAGGAGAUGGUGCAGCAGCUACAGAUGAUUCCCUAUGCAAACAUUAUGAGAAAAGAAAAAGUUGUCACGCACCUAAACAAAAGCUGAAUGGUUACUUCUGUAUUUUAUAUGAAACCACGACUGGCUGUUCACAACCUCAUCCCACAUACAUAGACAUUUAUCUGGAUCUCUCUUGGUGACUCUAAGAAAUACAGUAAAAGCAAUCCCCUUGUUAAGGACGUUUAUCAGACGAUGCACAAAGUGCUUUCAUCAUCUGCUGAUCAUCUGAAGAUACUGAAUUAUGUAUGCUUCCCUGACCACACCGAUGACAAGCCAACCCACAAAUUC